UCCCCGCGGCUCCCGGUGCCGCCGAGGCCUGCCCCGGCCCUGAAGCACCGGGCCCCGGGGCGUCGCGGAGCCAUGGCGCAGCGAAGGGUGGCGGAGCGCGGGCCUUGCCAGACGGAGGCGGAGAGCGCCAGGCACCAGCGGCAGCUUCUGGAAGGGAAAGCUCUUGCAGAAGGGGGAUCAGCUCGGACAUCACUUCUUAUUUUAGUGUCCAUCUUCUUAUCAGCUGCUUUCUUUAUGUUCCUGGUAUACAAAAAUUUCCCACAACUUAGUGAAGAAGAAAGAGGUUGUAUAAAAGUUCCUAGAGAUAUGGAUGAUGCAAAGGCCUUGGGAAAAGUCUUGUCCAAAUACAAGGACACAUUUUACGUUCAAGUGUUAGUGGCUUAUUUUGCCACAUAUGUUUUCUUGCAAACAUUUGCUAUUCCUGGGUCUAUAUUUCUCAGUAUCCUGUCAGGGUUUCUUUAUCCCUUUCCACUGGCCUUAUUUCUUGUUUGUUUGUGCUCAGGACUUGGAGCUUCAUUUUGCUAUAUGCUGUCAUACCUAGUGGGACGUCCCGUUGUGUACAGAUAUUUAACGGAAAAAGUAGUAAAAUGGUCAGAACAGGUUGAACGACAUAGAGAACAUCUCAUUAACUACAUAAUAUUUUUGAGAAUAACACCUUUUCUCCCCAACUGGUUUAUCAAUAUCACAUCUCCUGUAAUCAACGUGCCAUUGAAAGUGUUCUUCAUUGGCACUUUCCUAGGUGUAGCACCACCAUCUUUUGUAGCCAUUAAGGCAGGAACAACGCUGUACCAGCUUACAACAGCAGGGGAAGCUGUUUCCUGGAACUCUGUAUUUGUUCUCAUGAUUCUAGCCAUCCUCUCCAUCCUACCAGCUCUCUUCCAGAAGAAACUGAAGCAGAAAUUUGAAUAAGGGUUAGACUGGACCAGAACUUCCCAUACUUCAUCUCAGGAUCAGCACUUCUGAUAUUUGUAUAUUUGCUUUUCUAUUGGAUUUUAAGCAGUUAAAGGGGAGGCUUGUGAUUGAUAAGAAUGUCUUUAAAUGAACACAUGGCCUUAAACGGAAGGAAAUGUGUUCAGAAAUGUAGUGCAUAUAGUUUUGUAACCAAAUGCCAGUGUUUUACUUAGGGAGGGGGUGUGUGUGGCUCUCAGGAUGAGGUGAGUGAGAACACAGAUGUAACAUUUUGCUCUAGUUACAUGUAGAGCAAAAAUUGUGAUGUAGACACAAACUACAGGUGAUGCUUUCUAACACUUGCAGGAAAAACCCCUGAACUAUUCAGUCCAACUUUGUAACAUUCUCUGUAGGCUUGCAUGUGAUCUGGUGUGAGUGCAUUUCUCACUAACAAUAUUUCCCUUCUUUUUUGCCUUUGAGAGUUUCAGAAUAACAUAACGGUGCUCACUCAGAAACAAAGGUUCUUAAAAGUACUUCAACUACAAUGUUAUUCUCAGCCUUGUUUACUUCUGAUUAUUAGUGCUGUAUUUAUGGAAUUAAAAACUUGAACCUACAUCUGCUUUACUUACUGGAUUAACAAAGGCAAAGUGUUGCAUCAUUCCCUCUUGGUCCCUGUGAAGUUUUAUUCUCGGAGUGGAAAUAGGAAGGGCAGGGAGCAGCUUAGAAUUCUUACCUUGGCUAGCGGAUGAUUUUUGAGUUCUAAUUUUCAUUUUUUUAAUGUUGAUUAUUUUGCCAAUAUCUUACUUGCAUAAAUUUAUCCUGCCAACUUAAGAAAGUGAUGGUAUGAUUAUAUAAAACUUUCAGUUCUCAAGUGAUUUAAAAAUGCUUAAGCAGUGUAAUAUUACCAUUUCUCAAGCAAUGUGUAAAGACUGUAAAAUUUCUCAUUGCGGCUUGAUUAGCUAAAGCAAGUGUCAGGUACACAAACUGGUGCAGUUCCUAUCAAACAGCUGAUCCCAAAUAAUGAUCAGAGCACCACGGAACAGCAGGCUCUUGUGUGGGUGUAUAUAAAAAUGGAGGUUCCAUUGUCUGCCAAGGCAGUGACUGGCAAUGGGCAACCAGUCUAUGUAUUCUCUCAGAAAGGUACAAGAUACCUCCCCGUGUGCUUCCAAGCUGUGGUAGUUUGUUGUGUUGUCAGUGGAAGCCCAUCAAACAAGGCCCUGGUCAGCGAGGAACAGGGGAGCACACUGGUGUUUUAUCCGACUGAAACCAGUGCUGCUCACGUGGUUUAAGCUGAUGCCCCUGCAGUGUCUUGCUGAAAAGAGACUCAACACAUCAGCACGUGCUCCAGUUCCAGGGUUUAUUAGUCUGUGUCCUCGUGUUAACUCAUGAUCAUAUCAUAGAUCUUUGACGUACAAGAGAACAGUUCAUGAAUGUGAUAAUGUAAAAGGUACUGACUGAUACCUUAUUCAUUUUGUAACAUAAUGUUAAUUGACUGCUUUGUUUCAUCACAGUAUUACUUGUAAAUAUACAGUAAAUAUUAUUGAUACACCAUUUGUCUUUUAUUUAAAUACAGGCUGCACAGCGAAUUAUACUUUUUACAUAAGUAUAUAAAGGAAUUUAUAUCAGUUCUGUUUGAAAGUUUGUUGUGAGAUCAUUCAGCUUCAGCAAUUCUUUUGUUAUUUAGGAUUUACUCUAAAAGUGUACUUUGGCAUUUAAAACUGAACAGUGAUUACUUUUAUUGCUGCCAUUCUAAUCUCCAGAGCUCCUCUAUCCAGAGGAUUUAUUCCAUAGUAAACUUGCAUGUGAAUUGAGCCAUGUGAGCAAGUGUCCCCUGGACUACUGAGUGUGAAGCUGCUGUAGAUUUAGUCUACUUUUCUGCAGAAUUAGCUUUUCAUGCAGAUAAACCCUUAUUUUCCAGUGGCUUUUCUCAAAAUUUGUCUCAGUUCCUGGUCAGUAUCAGAAGCUGUUGUAAAAUCCCUCCCAUGCUGUGUGAAGCCAAUGUUUGGUGGAACCUUGUCUGUAAAGAAGGAGCUGAACUCUCUUUCAAUCUAAUGUGACUCGUGCUAUCACUUGACAUUUUCACAGAGUUCUGUUUCACUAUGGAGAUGGGAUCAGGCUUUGUUACUGAAAACCUGUUGUGUUUCAGCAAGAAGGCUGGCCUCCCAUCAGAGAAACUAAAAGCCUUAAGACCUUAAAAAGGUUCAAAAUAGGGUUCUUUACUUUUUUAAGACCUUAGCAUUUUUUUUUUAACUCAUCCCUUCUGUAUUUCUCUUCAGCUGCCAGCAGCCUGAGGUGCUUUCCUAUCCUGUGAGGACUUCUGAGGGUUGUGCAGAGUAAGGCAGGCCUUGUGGAAAGCAAAAAAAGCACUGUGCUGUGGGGUACUGUACUAGCCUACUCUUUCCUUUAGAGAAUCCAGCAGGUGAUCCAAGAGAUAGCCAUAACAUUUUGACAGAAAAAAAAAAAAAAAAAAGGCUACCAUGAAACAAACCAGGACAUCAGAAAGAUGUAGCUUUGUUUUUUAAUUGUGGAGGAUUUUGAGCUAUUAGGUGACCUGUUUAUCUUUUGGACUUUUUUUUGUGAUACCUGCAUGACAUCAUUACUAAGUGUCUCUUGCCAUUUGAUAAUAAAGCUGUUAUAUAAAAUCUGAAA